AUGGUUGCGGAUACAGCGUACUACGAUGCGCUCGGCGUCCAGCCAACUGCGACCGACAUCGAGAUCAAAAAGGCUUACCGCAAGCUCGCCAUCAUUCACCACCCGGACAAGAACCCCAACGACCCAACCGCUCACGACAAGUUUCAAGUCAUCGGCGAGGCCUACCAGGUUCUCUCAGACAAGGAUCUCAGAGCAGCAUACGACAAGUAUGGAAAGGAUAGCGCCAAGCCUAGCGAGGGUUUCGUCGACCCCGCCGAGUUCUUCUCGAGCAUCUUUGGCGGCGAGGCCUUUGUCGACUGGAUCGGUGAGAUCAGCUUGAUGAAGGAUCUGACUGCCACCAUGGAUAUCACCAUGUCCGCCGAAGAGGAAGAAGCGGCCGCUGCUGCUGAGGCCGCCGCCGCCGGCGAGGAAGAGUUUCCCGGCACUGAGGCAGCCAAGCAGGAGAGUGCAAAGGAGGCUGCCGGUGCCGGUACCUCUGCCUCGGGUGCCACGGCGCCCUCUGCCUCGGUCGAAGAAGAAAAGGUCGACCACAAGGCCGAGACUGCUGCUCCUGCUGCCGCCCCUGCUGCCGCACCAGCCCAACCGGCUGCUCACCCCGAGAAGUCGCCCGCCGCCAGCGGCACGUCGACACCCUCCAAGCAUGCCAUCCCGAUCCGGCCCGCACUCGAGUAUCGACCCAGUGACGAGGCAGCCGUGGCAGGACAAACAGAAGAGGAGGCCGAGCUACGCAGGAAGGAGAAGAAGAAGGGUGGCCUUUCCAAGGAGCAGCGCGAGCAGCUUGCUGCUUACGAGAAGGAGCGCGCCAAAAUUCGCGAAGAACGUAUCAACAACCUGACGCAAAAGCUCCUGGACCGUAUCUGUGUCUGGACGGAGACGGACAUGGGUCCUGAUGUUACACACUCCUUCCAAGAGAAGAUUCGCAUCGAGGUUGAGAAUAUGAAGAUGGAGAGUUUCGGUCUCGAUAUCCUGCACGCUAUUGGCCAGGUGUAUGCGAGCAAAGCAACUGCUUUCCUCAAGAGCCAAAAGUUCCUCGGCAUUGGCGGCUUCUUUAGCCGGAUGAAGGACAAGGGAACUCUGGUCAAGGACACGUGGAAUACGAUUUCCAGUGCUCUUGAUGCUCAGCAGACCAUGGAGGAGAUGGCUCGCCUAGAACAAGCAGGCGGUGAAGACUGGACAGACGAGAAGAAGGUCGAAUACGAGAGACGCGUGACCGGAAAGAUCCUGACGGCCGCCUGGAGAGGAUCCAAGUUUGAGAUCCAGAGUGUACUGAGAGACGUGUGCGACAAUGUAUUGAACGACAAGAAAGUACCUCUCAAGAAGAGAGUCGACAGAGCCAAUGCCCUGAUGUUGAUUGCAGAGAUCGUUUCCAAGGCCCAACGAUCACCCGAAGAGGAAGGCGAUUACAUGGCCUUUGAGCAGCUUGUGGCAGAUGCCGCCAUCAAGAAGGACAAGGAGUCCAAGAAGAAGGGCAAGGAUAAGGACCACAAGAAGCACGGAUCGCACCCCGAGGCUGCCGAAGCGGCCAACCUGCCCCGGGAGACGUCGCAGUCGUAG